GGUGCAGGUUCUAAUGUUUCUGGCGAGAGGAAGGAGCGCGGCGGCGAGACCCUUGCGAAAAGACCCUUAAAUACUCUAUUAUGGUAAGAUAAUGGACACCCAAGGCAGUGUAAGCAGACUCACGGCUGAGCAGCAAAUUAAUGGCACCAGCAGCAGGUCACCAGGAGAUGGGUCCAGCACACCAAGAUCACCCAGAGUAAAUAAGGGUGGAAAAGCUGUAAAGGAUAAACGUUCAGAUUCGGAUUUCAUUUUUGGGAAACUCAUUGGUGAAGGAAGCUUUUCCAGUGUUUACCUUGCAAAAGACAUACAUACAAGCCAAGAAUAUGCAGUUAAGGUCUGUGAGAAGGAGUUAAUUAUUCGAGAGAAAAAAGUCCAGCAAGUGACGAGAGAGAAGGAUGUAAUGAACAUCCUUAACAGCAACCAGAAUCCAAAAGCUCCAUUCUUUGUUAAGCUGUCAUAUGCUUUUCAAGGGGAUUAUAAGCUUUAUUUUGUGAUGACAUACUGUAAAAAUGGUGAGCUUCUAAAUUUAAUCCAAAGGGUAGGCAAUUUUGAUAGAGAGUGUGCAAGGUUCUACACUGCAGAAAUAAUCAGAGCAUUAGAACAUCUCCAUUCAUUAAAUAUUAUUCAUAGAGAUUUAAAACCAGAAAAUAUUUUGCUAGAUGAAAGAAUGCACAUAAAGAUAACAGACUUUGGCUCUGCUAAGAUUCUCUCAAAAGAAGAAAUAGAAGGGUUAGAUGAUGGGAAGGGCCGCAAAAACAGUUUUGUUGGAACUGCCCAGUAUGUAUCGCCAGAAUUACUUGAAUCCAAGAAAGUGGGGCCAGCAUCUGACCUCUGGGCUUUGGGCUGCAUAUUGUACCAGAUGGUUUCGGGGCUUCCGCCUUUUAGGUCCAGGAGCGAAUACUUCAUAUUCCAAAAGAUUUUGAAGUUGGAGUAUGAAUUCCCAGAUGGUUUCUGUGAAGAAGCAAAGGACUUAGUACAGAAACUUUUGGUUUUAGAAAGUGAUGAUAGAUUGGGUGCACGUGACCGAAAUGGGUAUCCAAGUAUAAGAAGCCAUCCUCUCUUUGCUGGCUUGGAUUUUGAUUCUUUGCAUGAAUUAACACCCCCUGAAAUCGUCCCAUUCAUGCCACAUGGAAACAAUGAGAUUAAUUGGGAGCAUAAAAAUCAACCAGGAUUGGAGACAAUUGAACUUCAGUUAAUGCUUGGCUUAGAUAUAAGUAAUGAUGAUAAUAACAAAGCUGUUGAAAAUAAAAAGACUGAAUUGGAGGCUGUCAAGAAAGCUGGAAAGAAAAAUAUGGCUGAUAUUAGUGAUGAAGAAUAUAUUUUAAGGUUGGCAACACAAGAGAGAGAAAACAAGUGGCACAGAUUUGUUGAAGGGAAUCUGAUUCUGAAGCAAGGACUCAUGGAUAAACGCAAGGGUCUCUUCCCAAGAAGGAGAAUGUUUCUGCUAACAACUGGGCCGCACUUGUUCUACGUCGACCCGGUGAACAUGGUGUUGAAGGGGCAGAUACCUUGGGAUCCAACCAUCACUCCAGAAGCAAAGAACUUUAAAACAUUUUUUGUCCACACGCCCAACAGAACUUAUUACCUUGAGGAGCCCAAUGGAUUUGCACUGGAGUGGUGUAAAGCCAUAAAAGAAGUGAAGGCUUUCUAUUAUCCAAACUCUAGGAGCUAGGCAGCACGCGGGAGGCAGAGGCCGGAAGCAGGGGAAACUACGUGAUAAAUCUGGAACCAAGUUGCUGGUCAACAUAGGAAGAGUAACACAGUGUGUUGUAUCUUGACAUCUAAGUGCAUAUAAAUGCAUUGAAAAUAGAAAUGAUCAAGUAAUGAUAAAUUGUAUAUCAGUGCAUUUGUGUAUAUGAAAUAAUUAUUUAAUGAAUACAGAUUGUUAUGUAGAUGUAAUUCUUCUGUACUUACUUUAACUGUGAUGAUGGCAAGCUGAAUAUGCACCUAUAAAGAGAAAACUUUUCUUUUUAAGAGUAGUCAUUUUUUAUUUUAGUGGAUGAUUUAUUUCAAACUGAGCAAAGGUGUUUAGAAAUGAACACUUGAUAAUUAUCAUGUAAAUGAUUAGUAAUCUAUUUACUCUUGAUAUAAAUAUCCCAACCUGUGCAUUUUUACUUCUGUAGGAAAAUGUAUGUUACUGAAAUUUUUACUUGUGUUUUAAAAGUUAUUUUUUGUCGUUUGAUGAGUAAGAGUUGUGACAGGUAAUGUUGAAUACAUGUGGCAUGUAAAGAACCAGUCUUAUAUUUAUAUAGAUUGGGUAGAGGUACCAGUUAGUGCACAAAACACUUUUUCCUUUUUUUUCCCUUUCUUUUUUCUUUUUUUUUCAUUUUAGGAAACCAAAUGGAGUGCUUAAAUGUAGGUCAUGCUUUUGUCAUACAAUAGAAUUCAAAUAUCUUAAUUUGUGCUUUCAGUGGAAAGUAUCAAAAUCAAUGUAUUAAUUUGCCAAAGAUCCCUAAGUGUAUGCAGUUGGCCUAACUUGUACUCUUUGUUUGAACUCCUGAAUGUUAUAAGAAAAUUAGUCAUUGUUUUGCAUAAUAUGUAAAGCAAUUUAAUCAAAUAAACAACCUGUAGUAAGAGAUCUUUGUUAAUAUAUAGUCCAUACAGGUAGAAGCCAUGUUUCUUUUCUUUUCUUUUCUUUUCUUUUCUUUCAUUUCAUGUCUUCUUAUUUUUAUUAUACAUUUUUUUUCUUCCUCUUAAGUUUUUCCAUCUCCAUUUCAUUUUUCGUCCUCCUCCUCCUGUCAGUUGGUCUUCAGACAAUGAAAUUCAUUUAUAGUUUUGAGACAUGAAUAAUGUACAUUUAUACAUAAGCAUAAAGUGGAAAAUUUUGCUUAUGAAUGUAGAAAUGUGCAAGUUUAUUAAGGUAGAAAUGAUCCUAGUGAUUACUUGCACUUCACAGGAAUGAUGGAUCAUAAAUCUACCCUCAUUUUCUUUGGUCUUGUAAAAGCUUCUAACAGAGCACCUUCAUAUAUCUAAUCAGGGCAGUUCAAACACUAAGGGCCUUAGUUUGAGUUUUACUUUUUUGUUUAGCAACCUUUUUGAAAGUAUCUUUAACUCAGGAAUGUUCUGUUUUCCAGAUCAGUGUAUGAAUAAUAUGUCUAACACUUCAAGGCUGAAUUUGAUAAAAAAGGAUAUGAUAAACAGAUUCACCUACAUUGAAUGGCUUUACUUUUCAUCAUCAAGCAAUAAGAUUGUAAUAUUUAACACAUAACUGGAUUCAUAUAAUGUGUACAAGACACUGAUGUUGGUACAUCUAUACCUGGCAGUCAGUGGCACUAUAUUCUUUACUCCAGAUUAUAUAUCUACUACAUCUGUCAAACUCUGCAACAUGAUUUACAUGACUUCAUAUUUACACCAAUACUUGAUACUUUAUCUGUUAUACCUGAUAAAAAACCCUUUUGUUACCUGUUUAUCAUGCUCCUUGUCUCUUUCCUCUUACUUCCUUUGUUAAAUUUUAAUCAAGUAAAUUGUUUUUAAACUUGUAAGAUCAGCCAUUGCACAGGAAAAAGCCCAGUUUAUAUAUACGUAUACCUGCAUACAAAAAUGUCCUUACAUAGUGCUUAUUAAAUUAGUGCUUUUAGGUCAGUUGGGUUUUCAACAUUCCUUGGGUGAGGAAAGAGGGAUGUACAUUAGUUUUUAGUCUCCUAUUCAUCUAGUAUGAACUCCCAAAUAACAAGUAGGUUUUUACUCUUGGGUAUAUAUUUUUAAGAAAAGAUUUAUUUCUUUAUAAGAAAAGUAAACAAUCUUGAGACCUGUUUUUUGUUUGUAAAAAUUUGUACAUAAAAUAAUUUGGUUAUUUUUGUUUAUGAUGGCUAUGGUGCAAAAUGUGUAAAACUUUAAAGUAAUAAUUUCAUCAAAAUGAUUAGUAAAUGUGCUCUCAUAUUUUAUAGGAAAGUCUUAAAUGCCAACAUGUUACCAAUUAAAACCUUGUCUGAAUUGGUGCCCCUACCCAAUGCAUAGCAUCAUUCUGGUAAUAAAAUCACAACUUCUUGUUCCUUCUCUCUUAGCAUAGUGAGGUAGAAGAAUCAUAACCCAUCACUAUACAUAAACUCUAUAGUAGUGGAAUGAUGCUUUGUACCCAGGUCAGUCAAUACAUGACUAAACAAAAUGAAAUCACUGUGAAAUAUAUUUUGUGGGAGAUAUAAUUAUUGUUGUGUACAUAGACUGAAUAUUCUUAUGAUUUGAGAUAACUUUUAUUAUAAAAAGGCCUAGGAAAUAUAAUUGUUGGUAGAAUUCAUAGGCUGCAUUUGUAUGCAACCCCCACUGUAAAUGGGAUGUCUACUCUAGCUCCUAUCCCACCCCUCCUUAUCAAGGCUGAGGAUACUGGAUGUUUAAAAUAGUAUUGUCCCUGUUGUAGUAAAUCCUCUCAGUUGUGUUUGAGUUUGGUUGUGGAUCAGGAUCUUAUGUUUUUAAAUAUAUUUCAUGUUUUUUUUUUUCUAAAAGAAGCAUUGUCCUGUAUUUGGUCAUGCACAGGCUUACACACAUGCACACUCUAGUGUGCGUACCCAACACAUACUCUUUAGAUACCAUACAUUUUAUCAGACAAGCUUGUAGCUACUAAGCACCUCAACAUAUAUUUAGAAUAUACAGCAUACAGACCUUGUGCAUUCUAAAUGAAUACAGAUGCAAUUCUCUCCCACAGACAGGACUGGUUAGAACAGGCUUCCUCAAGACAAACAAGUAGUUCUCAGUCAUGCUUUGUUCCCUUUUUAUGAAAUCUGGAAAAUGCACUCUAAGCUCAGGGUUAGCCACUUUGACCCAAUGGUUUACCCAAACAUAUUUGUUUUUUUUUUUUUUUUUUUUUUUUUUUUUUUUUUUUUUUUUUUUUUUUUUUUUUUUUUUUUUUUUUUUUUUUUUUUUGACAUUUAGCUUUUUAACCCCUUGUUCACGGGUGGCAUCUACUAUGAUGUCAUGGAGGUGUAGCACUGAUGCCUCCAUACAGAUGUGGCCCAUACAGAUAUACUUGUUUGGCAGACCGCAUGGCCGCCGAAAAAGCCCGCACACAUUGGGUUAAUGUUAUAUGAAUUUUAAGUAAAUUAUUAUUAAUAAAAAAAUAUAUUUAAGGUGAAGGGGAAAAAAUGUGCAAAGAACUUCAUUAAAUAAGGAACAAAAAAAAAAAGUUUCCUUAAAAAAGAAAAGAAAAAAAAAAAAAGGAAUAUUUAACCUCUUGCUGACGGGCCACACCUGUCAUCAUCAUAACAAACUGUUCGGUCUGCAGGUUAUGCCUGUACGCACGGCAAUGCACCAGAGGGCUUGGAGCUGGAUGUUCGGCUUGAUGUAGCAGACUCCUGUGCCUAGUGUCUGUCCAUUGCCAGAAAUCUCUAAAGUUUAAAAUUUUCAUUUAUUUUUUUCACUCGUCAGCGUUGGGUUAACCUUAGGAAUGCAUUAUAUCUUUAUGCAUAGUCAGUAUAUAUAUAGAGAGAUAGAUAUUUUAUGCCAAUUUUAUUAUACAGUAAUCUUGAUUGAUAAAUUACUAGUAGGAUUUAUUGUAAAACUAUAUGAAAUUAUUCUUAUAUUAUUAAUGAAAAUUUUUGGUCUAUGCUGAUACCUGCUACUCAAUACAGGUCAUUAAAAGCUAAGUAUGAUAAUUCCAUAUGUGUAUGUAUUGAUGGGAAGGAGGGGAGACUAAGAGAACCUGUAAUAAACAAAUGGAAAAAAUGAUAAUAAAAGGAUUUUUGGUGUUUUUUGCCAUGGACAUUAGUCAUACCUCAAUUGUUAUAUAUCAUCAUUUUAGUGAUUAAAUGUUCAUCAUAAAUGAAGAAACAUUAUUUCAGGAAACCACCAUUCAGACCAAAUUUUUACUUAUAAAAUUUCAUGUAAACCUAUUUUGCCAUUUUCUGUCUACCUUAACUGUAUUUUUAAGUUGUUAGUUUAUUUGUCCAUGUGAUAUUAUACAAUAACUCUGUAAGCAGCUGCAAAUGCAUCAAUACAUGUUUCUCUAAAAGGAUCAACUAUGGCUGUCAUAUCAUUGCCAGAAAAUUAAAAAGGUAGUGGCACCUGAAAAUAAAAGCUUACUACUAAUUCCAGUCACAAGUAUUGGUUUAUUUACAGCACAAUCAGUGGUUUUGGCCAACCCUGCAAUGACAAGUGUAACAUGCAUGGUAUGCCUUGGACACUGGGCCCCUGAGCUUAGAUUAUUGAGGCGAGAUAUGUAGUUUUCUUGUAUGGAAGUGGAAUAUGGAAUCCUCGGCCAUAGCAGCUGCUGUAGCUUAGGAAAGAUGUCAGAUUUUUUUGUUGUAUUGUCCAUCUCUAGAUUAGAAUGUUAAAAAAAGAUGCUUUAAUAGAAUGAACACUGUGUAAGGAUACCAUGUGAUUAUGAAAAGAUAAGCUUUUAAGUAGAGUUUAGUCUCAGACCUUAGUAAUGAUUUUGAAUAUUAUAAUUUAUUUAUAUGCUUAUUAUUAGCCAUGCAAUUAUGGUAUGUGAUAUAAUUGCAGUGGAAGAAUUUCCCUUGUUUUAAUUAGAUCUGUUCCUUCAGUGUUAUUAGAUAUAUUAAAAAGAGAGAGAAGAAAUUAAUAUAUUAUUAUUGAGUCAAAUGCUCCUCCAUAAAGUUGCCAUAUACAUUUGUUAUUCAAAGUUUGACUGUGUUGUCUCCCUGUCUUUACCAUCUUCAUCAAUAUUGACCUCAAUAGGAAUUAUUGUUAUUGUUGCUAUCAUCAUCAUCAAUCCUUAUGAUUACUAAAAUUAUUACUAUUAUCAUUACUACUACAGAUAUUAUUAGUGUUUAUUUUUUUACUGAAAUUUUUCUGCUGCAUCAACAUCUGAGAUCAUUAGUGGCAUAUUCGAAAUAUAGUGACAGGGUGGGGCUGGGGAACAAAGCCCAUGGUUAAUUUUUGUUUGUUUGUUUGAUUUUUCAUGAGGCUAUGCUUGUGGAUUCCCAGAAAUCUUAAUGGUCAAAGCAAAUAAAUGUGCUAGACAUCAAGGGUUCUUUAGCUUUAUGAUAAAGUAUUGUUGCAAAAAGGGUAAAAAUGAGUUGAUGGUUAAGAUAAA